AGAGAGAGAGAUGGCAAGCAUGGAGGGCGCGGUGAUCAGGCACCGGACUGUGGAGGUCAAUGACAUCUUGAUGCACGUGGCAGAGGCCGGCCCCGAGGGGCACUCCAAGGGGACCGUGUUGUUCCUACAUGGCUUCCCGGAGCUAUGGUACACGUGGCGCCACCAGAUGGAGAAUCUGGCAGCACGCGGCUACCAUUGCGUCGCGCCUGACCUCCGUGGCUAUGGUGGUACCACCGCCCCGUCCGACGUGGAAUCUUACACUGCCUUCCAUAUCGUCGGUGACAUCCUCGCGCUUCUCAAUACCCUAGGGCUUGCAAAGGUGUUUGUGGUGGGACAUGACUGGGGGGCGCUGAUCGCGUGGUACGUGUGCCUGUUCCGGCCGGACCGCGUCACUGCGCUCGUCAACACCAGCCUCGCCUUCAUCCGCAACAUCAUUGCACGCAACGGACCCGGCUUCGUGAAGCCCACCGACUACUUCAACCGCGCCUACGGCCCCGACUACUACAUGUGCCGCUUCCAGGAGCCCGGGGUCGCGGAGGCGCGGCAGUUCGCGCCAGAGCACGCUAGGCGCCUCCUGCGGCAGAUCAUGUGCCACUGCUUCAGCCACGGCGUGGCCUGUGACGAGGAAAUGCACGAUGACAAGUACCCGACGUCUACGCUCCCUCCUUGGCUCACCGAGGAAGACGUGGACUACUUUGGCGCCGAGUUCAAGAGGACUGGGUUCACCGGCGGCAUCAACUACUACCGCAACCUGGACAGGAACUGCGAGCUGGCUGCGGCGUGGGCGGACGCCAAGGUGCAGGUGCCGACCAAGUACGUGGUGGGUGAAGGUGAAAUCACGUACCACUUCGAGGGGGUCCAGGAGUACAUCCACGGGGGCGGGUUCAAGGAGGACGUGCCGCUGCUAGAGGAGGUGGUCGUCCUCCUCGGCGCCGGACACUUCAUCCAGCUGGAGAGGGCACAGGAGAUAGUGCUUCCAAGUGUCCACAGAAGGUGCAGCCAUUCUAAAGGUUUUAUCGUUUCUGCUCAUCCAGAUGCCCCAGCAACCCAUGAUAAUGAUAUCCAUGGCAAUUUCUGAUGGGAGGUGGUUCAUGGAAAGAUGAAUUUCAUCAUAUACAGAGAUGCCUCUUAACUUGUUUGGAACUAUGGAGUGCCAACAUCUCCUAGCGAACUGGCAAUCCCAGAAGAGAUGGACAACUGUUUCUUCGGUGGCAUUAGACCAUAGGGCACAAGUGUAGUCUUUCAAAUACAUGUUCCUCCUACGAAUUAAGUUCCUGGUGCUAAGGCUAUCACAAAGUAACAGCCAAAAGAAGAUCUUAUGUCUGAGUCUGCAAGCUAUUUUCAAAGAUAUCUGAAUAUGUCAUGAGCUGUGUUCUCCCCCUUCAUAGCUUUGUACAUUUUCAUGGAUGAGUAUUUAGGUGAUGUCCAUAUGUAUGACCAUCUAUCUUGGUUUGUGGAUAAUGCUUGACCUUUCAGUAUA